AUGGCUCAAUUAGCUUAUUCCGAUUCGAUGUCUGAAGGCUCGCAGCAUGGCCAGGGGGUACAAAUUGUGCCAUUUAAGACCUGUAUGGCAUCUUUGAAGGUUUUACUGUUACAUGGGAAUUUAGAUAUAUGGGUGAAAGAGGCUAAGAACCUUCCAAAUAUGGAUAUGUUUCAUAAGAAACUAGGUGAUGUGUUUGGAUUUGGAAAGUUGAACAGCAAAAUUGAGGGAAGCAUGCCUAGUAAGAUAACAAGUGACCCCUAUGUCACCAUUUCGGUAUCCAAUGCUGUAAUUGCUAGAACUUUUGUGAUUAACAAUAGUGAGAACCCUGUCUGGAUUCAGCAUUUCUAUGUUCCUGUUGCUCAUUAUGCUUCAGAAGUGCACUUCGUGGUUAAAGACGAUGAUGUUGUGGGCUCUCAAAUUAUAGGGGCUGUAGGCAUCCCAGUGGAGGAAAUAAGCUCUGGCAAAAAAAUUGAGGGUACCUUCCCAGUUCUUAAUGCAAGUGGGAAGCCUUGUAAGCCUGGAGCUGUCUUGACUAUGUCGAUUCAAUACACACCAAUGGAGCAAGUGUCUCUUUAUCAUGGUGGUGUUGGAUCAGGUUCUGAAUGUCAGGGCGUCCCUGGUACAUAUUUUCCCCUUAGGAGAGGUGGAAAAGUUACACUUUACCAAGAUGCUCAUGUCGAUGAUGGCUGCUUUCCGAAGUUGAAGCUUGACCAUAAUAUGCUAUAUGAGCAUGGACAUUGCUGGCGUGAUAUUUAUGAGGCAAUCAUUCAGGCGCGUCGUUUGAUUUAUAUAACAGGAUGGUCGGUCUACCACCUGGUUAGACUCGUUCGGGAUGAGGGCGGUCCAAAAGAUAGCACUUUGGGGGAGCUUCUCAAGGCCAAGUCACAGGAAGGUGUGAGGGUGCUGCUCCUUGUAUGGGAUGAUCCUACUUCUAGGAGCAUUUUGGGUUAUAAAACUGAUGGAAUCAUGCAAACUGGUGAUGAGGAGACACGUCGCUUUUUCAAGCGUUCUUCAGUGCAAGUGCUACUUUGCCCCCGAUCUGCAGGAAAAGGACAUAGCUGGGCCAAAAAACAGGAAGUUGGAACAAUCUACACCCAUCAUCAGAAAACUGUGAUACUGGAUGCUGAUGCGGGUCAUCAUAAGAGAAAGAUCAUAGCAUUUGUUGGAGGUCUUGAUUUAUGCAAUGGGCGAUAUGACACUCCAAAACAUCCUAUCUUUAGCACAUUGCAAACUGUGCACAAAGAGGACUAUCAUAAUCCUACUUUUACGGGACCUGCUGUUGAUUGUCCAAGAGAACCAUGGCAUGAUUUGCACUCUCAAAUUGAUGGUCCAGCAGCAUAUGAUAUCCUCACCAACUUUGAGGAGCGUUGGUUAAAGGCUUCAAAACCACACGGGCUUCAGAAAAUGAAAGCAUCAAAUGAUGACGCCUUACUCAAACUUGAAAGAAUUCCUGACAUAUUAGGAAUGGCAGAUGCCCCAUACCUAAAGGAGGAUGAUCCAAAGGCUUGGCAUGUCCAGGUUUUUCGUUCAAUUGACUCCAACUCAGUUAAAGGUUUUCCCAAAGACCCAAAAGAUGCUACAGGCAGGAACCUGGUAUGUGGAAAAAAUGUACUGAUAGACAUGAGUAUACAUACAGCAUAUGUAAAGGGGAUUCGUGCUGCACAACAUUGCAUUUAUAUUGAGAAUCAGUAUUUCCUUGGGUCUUCAUACAAUUGGACUAACUACAAAAACUUGGGUGCGAACAAUUUGAUACCAAUGGAAAUUGCUCUUAAAAUUGCUAACAAAAUCAGAGCAAAUCAGAGGUUUGCUGUAUAUAUUGUCAUUCCAAUGUGGCCAGAGGGUGUUCCUACAAGUACUGCUACUCAGAGGAUUCUCUUUUGGCAGCACAAUACAAUGCAAAUGAUGUAUGAUGUAAUCUACAAGGCUUUAGAAGAGGUAGGUCUUGAGAAGAAAUGUGAACCUCAAGAUUAUUUGAAUUUCUUCUGCCUGGGCAAUCGUGAGGCUCAAGACAGGGAAGCCCACUCAGAUACCAAAAAUUGUGCUGCCACAAGCACUCCUCAAGUACUCACUCGGAAAAGCCGGCGCUUUAUGAUUUAUGUCCAUUCCAAAGGAAUGAUUGUAGAUGAUGAGUAUGUGAUAUUGGGGUCUGCAAACAUCAACCAGCGUUCCUUGGAGGGCACCAGAGACACUGAAAUCGCUAUGGGUGCAUAUCAGCCUCGUUAUACCUGGGCACACAAAAACUCCAGUCCACGUGGGCAGAUAUUCGGAUAUAGAAUGUCACUCUGGGCAGAGCAUAUUGGUGCUGUGGAACGAUGUUUCGAGCAACCAGAGAGUCUUGAAUGUGUGAGGCGUGUAAGGUUGCUGAGUGAGCUGAACUGGAAACAAUAUGUAGCUGAUGAGGUUACUGAAAUGAAGGGACACCUUCUUAAGUACCCAGUCGAAGUUGAUCGAACAGGGAAGGUGAAACCUCUUCCUGGAUGUGAAACAUUUCCAGAUGUGGGUGGAAAUAUAGUAGGGACAUUCACUGCCAUUCAAGAGAAUCUCACCAUUUAA